CCGCGUGUAAAGCUUGGAGUUUUUCUCCGGAAUGUUAGUUUGCUGAAUCGUGAAGCUAGUCGGAAAUCAUUUUUGGACGAACCAAACAUUGUUGAAGCGGUGUUACUGUUUUGAAAUUUAUUUUACAGUGGCUUACAAUGUCUGACGAGGAAGAAGAUUAUAUGUCCGACGCCUUUCUCAGUACAACGCAAGAUGUGAAACCAGGAGUCAGCAUGGUGAGGCGGGUAAAAGAAGCAAUGAAAAAAGAGGUAAAGCAAAAAGAGAAGAACAUUCAGAACCGACAGAAGACCUACAAGGAACACGAGAAGGAAAGUCGGGAUUCAGCUCUGCAGAACUCACUAAGCAAUAACAACAAGGGAUUUGCACUUUUGCAGAAAAUGGGUUAUAAAGCUGGACAAGGGCUUGGGAAAGAAGGAGCUGGCAGGGUUGAUCCAAUUCCUCUGAACAUCAAAACUGACAGGGGUGGUAUUGGAUUAGAAGAAAUAAAGAAAAGAAAAGCAGAGGAGGAGCUCGAACGCUAUCGUCAAAAAGUACGAACUAAACAACAGAAUGAGACACGAACUCUGGAUGAUUUUAGGUCAAGGAUGAAAACAGAACGAGAUGAGCGAAAGACUGAGGGAGAUCUAAGAAAGAGUCAGCGUGCCUGUGAGCAGCUUGACAAUCUGAAGGGCAUCAUUGUACCUAGAGAGGAUUGGUACUGGCCAAAAGCAAAUGCAGAUGAAGAUGAAGUUGAAGAAGAAUAUGAUAACGAGGAAAAGGAGGAAGAAGACAUUGUUGAACUAACAACCAUUGAUAAACUACAAAUCUUGACCUCCUAUUUAAGAGGAGUCCAUUUUUAUUGUAUAUGGUGUGGGACGACUCAUAAUGAUGAAGAGGAUUUAAGCUCUAAUUGUCCUGGUGAUACAGCAGCAGAUCACGAAUGAACAACAUGUUGUGCAGUAGUCACCUUAUCAGCGAUGUUGAUCCUGAAUUGAGAUAUUUAAAAUAUGCAUCUUCUCAUGUACCUUUUUAUUUCAAUUAGCUGCAGGGUAGGGCCAUCUGUGUGAAAGCUGCUAAUAAGCAGCAGACUUAAAAUUAUGACCUUAUUUUGUUGUUAUCUAUUUCUGUAAAAUAUGACCCUGAGAACUUUUGCAUUGUUGCAUUGUCAGUGUUUUUAAAAUUGUAACUUUUGUUUCAAUAAAUGACCUUGGCUCUAAA